CUAUGAGCAUUGAACCCCACCAACCUAAAAAGAAGGCCAGGACUCGUAUAGUAAAAUGUUUGACAAUCAAACCAAAUAAGCAAAGAGAUCUCUCGCUCUAUCUGAAAAUCUCAAAACGGAGAACGCGAGGGAACAAGAGAUUAAAGCAUAGUGAGACCCUAAGAGAGAGAGAGAGCUUUAGGUCUAGAGAGAAUCAAUCACACAACAUAAACUACGAUAGGAUCGUGCGCGUCAAAAGAAGGUGGUACUGCUGAUUCCACCCGAAGAUUAGUCUCCGCUUCUGGUUGUUCCGGUGGAGACUCGGCGGACAUGAGAGGUCUUUUCAAAUCCAAACCGCGGACUCCCGCUGAUAUUGUUCGACAGACUCGCGAUCUCCUCCUCUAUGCCGAUCGAUCCAACUCUUUCCCUGACCUUCGAGAGUCCAAACGCGAGGAAAAGCUGGUGGAACUAAGCAAGAGCAUACGAGAUUUGAAGUUAAUUCUCUAUGGAAACAGUGAGGCUGAGCCUGUUUCUGAAGCUUGUGCUCAGUUGACUCAGGAGUUCUUUAAGGCUGAUACUCUUCGCCGCUUGCUCACUUCUCUUCCUAAUUUGAACUUGGAGGCCAGGAAAGAUGCUACACAAGUUGUUGCAAAUCUUCAGAGGCAACAAGUCAAUUCACGUCUUAUUGCUGCUGAUUAUCUUGAAUCCAACAUUGAUCUUAUGGAUUUUCUAGUCGAUGGGUUCGAAAACACUGAUAUGGCGUUACACUAUGGUACUAUGUUUAGAGAGUGCAUCCGCCAUCAGAUUGUUGCAAAAUAUGUUUUGGACUCGCAGCACGUGAAGAAGUUUUUUUACUACAUACAGCUUCCCAAUUUCGACAUUGCUGCUGAUGCUGCUGCAACUUUUAAGGAACUUCUGACAAGGCACAAGUCUACAGUUGCUGAGUUUCUCAUUAAGAAUGAAGACUGGUUUUUUUCAGACUACAACUCAAAGCUUCUUGAAUCAACUAAUUAUAUUACCAGACGGCAAGCUAUUAAGUUGUUGGGCGAUAUAUUAUUGGAUCGGUCAAAUUCGGCUGUGAUGACGAAGUAUGUGAGCUCGAUGGAUAACUUGAGGAUUCUGAUGAAUCUUCUCAGAGAAUCAAGCAAGACUAUUCAGAUAGAAGCUUUCCAUGUUUUCAAGUUGUUUGUAGCAAACCAAAACAAGCCUUCAGACAUCGCCAACAUUCUGGUGGCAAACAGAAACAAGCUUCUGAGAUUGUUGGCUGAUAUCAAGCCGGACAAAGAGGACGAGAGGUUUGAAGCAGACAAAGCUCAGGUUGUGAGAGAGAUUGCAAGCCUUAAGCUGCGAGAGCUUGCUUGAGCAUGCACAUAUACACAAAAGCUCAUGCUUUCUGUUUAAUCUUUGAAAGACCUUUUUGGACCAUCAAAGAUUGUUGUUAUUUAUUAGGUACUGUUUCUCUUUCUCUCUCAGCGACUAAUUGACUGGUCUGGAUUUUUUAGUUCAUAUGAAUUCACAUGUACACACUCCUUUAGUGUCGAUCAAAUAAAAUGGCAUUAUAAUUACUACA